CUUUCAUUUACAUUCUUAUCGCCAUCUUAAUUAUUGACUUAUUUCGAUAUUCUCAGUGCUACUCUACAACCCAAACCAACGAUUCGCUUCUCAAAAGGCAAAUCCCUUCUAAUAUCAUACCCUAUGGCUCGGUAGCUUCUUGCUAAGUUACUAAGGAGGAUUUAGCAAUGGGGAUCAAAGGGAUAUACAAAGAAAUUGGUACCGGCAAACGAAUAUCGUUAACAAAAUUGGCUGUCGAAAAGCUUGAGGAAACAGGCCGACCCUUACGUCUAGCUAUAGAUAUUUCCAUAUGGCAAUUCCAAGUCCAAGCCGCCAGAGGCGGUUCGAACCCGGCUAUUCGAACGCUCUUCUAUCGAUUGCUUCGACUCCUCAGCUUAUCCAUACAACCCAUAUUCGUCUUCGAUGGCCCAAACAAACCAGCUUUCAAACGGAACAAGCGAUCUGGUAGAGGUGAUGGAGUCGCCACAUCUAUGGCGAAACGACUUAUCAGGUUAUUUGGCUUCCAAUCACACGAUGCCCCUGGCGAAGCAGAGGCCGAAUGUGCGCUCUUACAACAAAGCGAAAUUGUAGAUGCGGUGCUCAGUGAGGAUGUCGAUACUAUCAUGUUUGGCUGCACACGAACACUAAGAAAUUGGUCAUCCGAAGGUGCAAAAGGGAGCAAAACCCCAACUCAUGUUUCCAUGUACGAUACUGAAGAGCUCAUAAAGGAUGGAACCGGCCUAGACCGUGAGGGGAUGGUGCUGGUUGCGCUAAUGAGCGGUGGUGACUAUCUUCCGGAAGGCAUUCCGGGAGCUGGCGUUAAACUUGCUUGCGAAGCUGCUCGAGCUGGCUUCGGAAAGUCACUAUGCAGACUGAAGAAAUCCGAUACGUCUGAACUGGCCAGUUGGAAGGAGUGGUUGACCUAUGAGUUGCGGCAUAACGAGAGUGGAUUUUUCAGGACGAGGCAUAAAGCCCUGACAGUGCCUGAGAGCUUUCCGAAUCUUGAUGUACUCGGAUACUACACUCACCCAGUGGUAUCACGCGCCUCCACCCUCGACAAACUGCGAAAUCGGUCUUGGGAUAAGCCGGUUGAUGUGCAAGGAUUACGUGAAUUUGUCCGUGAAACAUUUGAUUGGAGUUAUCGAAUAGGAGCUAUUAAGUUUAUUCGGGUUCUAGCACCUAGCUUAUUAGUACGAAAAAUGAUGUCCCGAAACAUUCAAAAUGAGGACGGUACCAAGUGUGUCGAGGUGUUAGAGAAAGAAGAAUCGGAAUUAGUUAAGUCAAUUACCAGCAGGAGGACUCAUUUCAGCACAGACGCCACAGCAGAACUGCGUAUAUCGUUCACUCCAACAAAAAUUGUCGGGUAUGAUUUUCAAGAGGAACCGGAUGAAGUGAUUGAGUAUGGGCGGGACGGCCUAGCAUUAAAUAGCGACGACGAGUUCGAGGCUUCGGAGGAGGUUUCGGAGGCUGUCGCGACGUCCGGCAGCAAAAAGCCAUUCAAUCCAACCGAACCCGAUCUACACUGGAUACCAGAGACAAUAGCUAAGCUUGGCAUACCUAUCAUGGUCGAGGACUGGGAAGCAGCGCAGCGUAAUAAGUUGGCUGCUCGUCAGAAGCCAAAGGCUCCAAGGAAAAAGGCAAAACCUGCGGCUAUACCUGGCGGUUCAUUAGAUAAAUUCGUCAAAGUCACGAAAAGCAUACCUCAAAACAGAAAAACAAGCAAAGAUACCAUACGAACGAUCACAAGACCAUCAUCGCCGAUACAAGCUAGCAGCCCACCCAACAUGUUGGGCGUACCAUCGCAAAACUCACCUCCCCUUCCACCACUCAACCAAAUCUCCUUCAAUGCGCGGGCUACAAGAACCAGUAAGCAGACCACAUCCAAGCCCAAGCCCACGUCCACGUCCAAGUCUACCAUCAGGAAUGUACCCCCAGCCUCACGGCCAGACGCUACCACCAAUCCCUGGACGAUUGCCGGCUCACACGUCAGUCCUAGAGUCACCAAAACAAUCAAAACCAGUGCCAAGACCACAUGUGCCGAGACAAUUAUUAUCUCCUCUAGCCCUCCUGCGUCGCCUACCACGAGUCGUUAUGUAAGACAGGGUAGUGGUUCAACUAGAGAAGACUAUAAUACUUCAGCGCGAUUUUCAUCUCCGCCGUCGAGCCCGGGUAAGAGGCGCCCAGCCACGCCAAUUAGUUUGUCACAAGAUGAAGGGGAUGAAGAACCAGGUCGACAUAAGUCGGCAAUAAGAGCGCCCAGCCCAUCCCCCAAAUCAAGCGAGAAGAAACCGCGGCGCAGGCUAGCCAGGACGGAAUCAUUACCCGUAGCGCAAAACCAGCCGCAAUCGCCGGCGAACAGGAAAGGCAAUAACAAGACACGACCAUUUGAACGGGCGCGGACUGUGGCUGCGGAAGUCUUACAGCUUUCCGAUUCGGAAGAUGACGAUUUCGAUCUUCCACCGCUUAGUACGGUAAUCAGCAAGAUACCUAUCAUAAGCAAUCCUAAUAGUCCGCUUGUGCCCAGCAAGCAGAUUAAUAGGAUCCCGGAGCUACAACCUCAGCUAGCGGAAAAGGAGGUGCUAAAAGAAAAUAUGAAUACGGUAACAAUCCAACCUACACUAAAGGAUGCAUUCAGCAGCACGAAGAAAACGACUAAAGUCUACAUACCCCGUAAGAGCGAACCGGGUUUCUUCAGGGAGUUCGAGGUCGAAGUCGAUGAAGCCGAUGAUUUGUUGGCAAAGGGCCGUGAAGGUGCUGCGCGAGGUGAUGCUCGGGCGGCAGCGGCUUGGAGACGUAGCGACAUUUCGUGCAUUGACCUAACAAGUGUGGAUUAAAAUUUCUAUAGUUAUGGAAACGCCAUGAUCAUGAUUAAGGAAUCGUAAGUCGACGCCGGCUUGGCUUAAAUUACGUUGCAUUGUAGGAGUUUCGCAUUUAUUAAGUAGGAUAUAUAUAUAGAAAUGCGAAGACCUAAAAAAAAAG